AUGAGACUGAGGAGACAGAGGAGGAGAGACAGGAAGAGACAGAGGAGGAGACAGAAGAGGAGACAGAGGAAGAGAGAGAGAGGACACAGAGGAAGAGACAGAGGAGGAGAGAGAGAGGAAGAGACAGAGAGGAAGAGACAGAAGAUGAGACAGAGGAGACAGGAGAAGAGAGAGGAGGAGACAGAAAAGGAGACAGAGGAGGAGAGAGAGAGAGGAAGAGACAGAGGAGGAGACAGAGGAGGAGAGAGAGAGGAAGAGACAGAAGAUGAGACAGAGGAGACAGGAGAAGAGAGAGGAAGAAACAGAGGAGGAGAGAGAGGAAGAAACAGAGGAGAAGAGAGAGAGGAAGAGACAGAAGAGGAGACAGAGGAGGAGAGAGAGAGAGAGGAAGAGACAGAGAGGAGACAGAGGAGGAGACAGACGAGGAGAGAGAGAGGAAGAGACAGAAGAUGA